UGCAGCGCGCGGCCGCGGGGCCGGGGGUUUGAGCCGAGGGUCGGCCCGCGGCGGCGGCGGCGGCGGAGGCGGCGGCCGGGGUCGGUCUGAGGCGGGCGCGGGGGCGCUGCCCCGAGGCGAUGACGGGCAAGGAGGAGGAGAUCGCGCGGAUCGCCCGCAGGCUGGACAAGAUGGUGACCAAGAAGAGCGCGGAGGGUGCCAUAGACCUGCUGAGGGAACUCAAGGCCAUGCCCGUCACACUGCACCUGCUCCAGGCCACUCGUGUGGGGAUGUCGGUCAACGCCCUGAGAAAGCAGAGCUCAGACGAAGAGGUCAUCGCGCUGGCCAAGUCUCUCAUCAAGUCGUGGAAGAAGCUGCUGGACGCUUCAGAUGCCAGAGCCAGGGACCGGGGGAGGGGUGCGCCUCUGCCUGCCUCGUCCUCCAAGGCCGCCUCCGAGGCCACGGAUCCCAGCCGCAAGAGGCUGGAGCUGCCCAGGACGCCAUCCACCCCAAGGAUGACCACGUUCCCCCCGGUGCCUGUCACCUGCGAUGCUGUGCGCACCAAGUGCCGCGAGAUGCUGAGCGCCGCCCUGCAGACGGACGGCGACCACGUGGCCAUCGGUGUGGACUGUGAGCGUCUGUCAGCCCAGAUUGAGGAGUGCAUCUUCCGGGACGUGGGCAGCACGGACAUGAAGUACAAGAACCGCGUGCGCAGCCGCAUCUCCAACCUCAAGGAUGCCAAGAACCCCGACCUGCGGCGCAACGUGCUGUGUGGUGCCAUCGCGCCCCAGCAAAUCGCUGUGAUGACCUCGGAGGAGAUGGCCAGCGACGAGCUGAAGGAGAUCCGCAAGGCCAUGACCAAGGAGGCCAUCCGGGAGCACCAGAUGGCCCGCACGGGCGGCACGCCGACGGACCUGUUCACCUGUGGCAAGUGCAGGAAGAAGAACUGCACCUACACGCAGCCCUCCAUACAGGUGCAGACCCGCAGCUCUGACGAGCCAAUGACCACCUUCGUCGUCUGCAACGAGUGUGGGAACCGCUGGAAGUUCUGCUGAGCUUCUGCCUGUUGCUGCAACCUUGGCUGUGGCCAGUGCUGGCUCUCCUGGGCGUCUCUGGAGACCACAGGAGGCCACAUGCCCUGCCCCACCCGCCUACCUGGAGUGCACCUUCCUGCCCCUCCAUGUCCUUAUUAAAUGUCUCUUUGCUGUCCCUG